CUUUAUAAUUGUGGACCAGACCAGUUGAUCGGUGAUCAGAUUUUUUCCGUCAUGGAACCUGAAGUUCUUUCAAGGAUCAUACAAGCUUUGGAUAUAAUUCAUAGUCCGUUCGCAUCAAAUGAAAUUAGGCUCGAAGCGCAUCAGUAUUGUAAUUCCAUUAAAGAUAAUCCAAACGCGCCAAUCUUUGGGCAUUUAUUGGCCCUAAAAGAAAAUGGACAAUCGGAUGUUGUUAGACAUUUUGGGCUGCAACUUUUAGAAAAUGCAAUAAGAUAUAAAUGGAUCGAUGGAAUUUAUGGUGGUUCUGAGCGGGAACAAAUUAAACAAGCAAUAAUCAACUUAGUUCAAAAAGUCAGCAUUAAUUCAUAUUGUUCGUUUGCACUGGAU